AUGGAAUGGACGGUUACAAAGGAUUCAUUCGUGAUGAAUGCACGUGGAGUCAUCAAUUACCAUAUCUUCCCCAACGGGAUCCAGUUCAGCUUACCUGAAUCCACUUGGUUUGUCAAGUUUCCUCCGACGAUUUUCGAUGUGGCGAAAACGACGGUUAAAGCAGUCGAUGGAUAUUCUGGUUGA